AUGCCUAUGGCGAGUGACAAUAGCGCAAAUUACAUUUACAUCUGAUGAUCUUCACCGGAGACCUUCCGCAUACUCUGAAAUCGUUGUUGCAACGGGAGAAAGGGAGACCGACAGUGAAGAAAGCGAGUCUGAAAUCUUCCUGUUAAUUUACAAGCAUUUUCAAAAUGUAAUUGAAAUAUUAUAGAGUAUUUUGAUUCAAACCUCCACGAUCCUACGAAAGACGCGAAUGAGUGGGAUACGUAUACAUUUCAACAGGCAUUGGUACAUACAUGUUUGUACUUGCACAAUUGCUUUAUAUAGAACUCGAAGUGAUGUGACUACAACCCGCCGUCAGAAACACCGAAAGGACGCUGAAGAAAACAAGGCAAGAAAAAAGCAUUAAUACAGAAGAGUUUUUCUCUUGAUAUCUCCUAAAGGAUUCUUCUGACAGCUUUACGCGAGGAAGUGCAAACUGUACAGUUUUUGCCUUUGGAUUAUUGAACUAACUAACUAAAUAUUGGCACGCGACAGCACUUGUUCAUCUACAGGAACAUUAGCGAAGUGAAGAAGACAUUAGUAGCCUAUUUCUACAUGCUUUUGAGCCAGUUAUAAUUAGAUGAGUUGUUCAUUUGGUUCAGAACAAAAGCGAUGUUGUGGAGAAAUUAAAAGCAUCCUUCGCAAUUGGAAGGAAUAUGCAUUCAUUCUAUCCAAGAUCUAAAUAAUUUAUGCGUCUCCAAAUUUGCCCAGAAAACUAUAUAAUGAUUAUUUUCCCCUAGGGAGACGACAGUAGCCUUCUUUGCGACUUUUUGUAACAUUUUUGCGUUAACAAAUGACCUUUUUAGUAGUUGAUAUGAAGAAUAUGCAUCCAAGUGGCACAGAAUAGCGAAGAUCAAUACAGACUAUACCAUGGGGUUUACUACCCACAUAUCUUCUUUUUGGGGAGGGUGAAUUUGUUUAUGACAACUUGUAGCAUACAAAUCACUUACAUGUAUACAUGAAUUAACAAUUUUUUUCUAUAUGCAGCACUUAAAUGGGUAAAAAAUAACGUUAAAAUGCGGAUUUCAAAGCCGCCGGAGACUCACUCGCAGACACGCGCAACUAAGGAGUUGCCAAGGCUACGGAGCUCCACGGCCCGGCAGAGCUGAUUUUUAACGCAUAUAUUUUAAGUUGAAAACGCAUCAGUUUAUACGUAUUAUGUAACACAUUUAUCUUUACUUCUCUUUAAAAUCUGCCUCUGAUGGAUGCCUUUUACUUGGAUUUCAUGACUUAUUCUUGAGCGGAUACAGACAUUUUCCUUAUCUUUUCAAGAAAACCGCAUCCUGAAACUCGGCUCUCCCAUCAGUGUUUCGCGUCGCACCUUUCUUGGAUGUCAGGCAAGAUUUCUGUGUUGCCAUGACGAGCGAGGAGUGUCCCGGAGGGCUGGCCAUGGCUCACGUCGGGGCGGGGCUAUGCGAGGACUACGGCCCCGCCCAGGGGGAAGAGGCCAUCGAGGAGGCGGGGCCUACCGAUGACGUCAGCAGCGACCUGAGUAACCUGGUGGUGCCCUUCCCUGAGCUGGCCCCCAUCGUCUUCUUCUGCCUCAAACAGACCACCUACCCCCGGAACUGGUGCAUCCGCAUGGUUUCCAGCCCAUAUCCUUUACCCGUGAGAAAACCAGGCCAGCUCUGUCAGUGUGAGUACAUCAGCAUGGUGUGCAGCUCCUAUCCUUUACCUGUGAGAAAGGUAGGCCAGCUCUGUCAGUGUGAGUACAUCUGCAUCGUGUCCAGCUCCUAUCCUUUACCCGUGAGAAAGGUAGGCCAGCUCUGUCAGUGUGAGUACAUCUGCAUGGUGUCCAGCUCCUAUCCUUUACCUGUGAGAAAGGUAGGCCAGCUCUGUCAGUGUGAGUACAUCAGCAUGGUGUGCAGCUCCUAUCCUUUACCUGUGAGAAAGGUAGGCCAGCUCUGUCAGUGUGAGUACAUCUGCAUGGUGUCCAGCACCUAUCCUUUACCUGUGAGAAAAGCAGGCCAGCUCUGUCAGUGUGAGUAAAUCUGCAUGGUGUGCAGCUCCUAUCCUUUACCUGUGAGAAAAGUAGGCCAGCUCUGUCGGUGUGAGUACGUCUACAUUGUCUCUAUUCCAAACUGUGUAGCACGGAAAAAGCAGAUGAGAUCUGUGAAUUUGUGUGCACACACUGUAUGAGGUGUGCAGCUGGUAUCUUACACCCCUGAGAAAAGUGGAUAGUAUGUGUGAGUAAAUCUGCGUGGUUUCUAGAUUAUAACCUUUACUUCUGAGAAAAAAAAGACAGCCUAUUUCAUGUGAGUAAAUCUGCAUGAUCACAAGACCAUAACCUUUACAUCUGAGAAAAAAAGACCAGCUCAGUUCAUUUGAGUACAUCUGCAUGGUCACCAGACCAUAACCGCUUCCCCUGAGAGGCGCCUAGCAGCUCUGUGUGUGUUAGCACAUCUGCAUGUUUCCUUUUAGCCCUGAACCAAACAGAGCAGAUCUGUGUGCUUGAGUCCACCCAGCCCACAACACUGGCCCUUCCCACCUAUGAAUUCACAACAGCAAUGUAGAUCCCUGCAGGUUAUAAUACAGCUUCUGUCUGGGUCAAAGAUAAUUUGUUCUGCGUGAAAUAUUGUUUGGCUUCCAGCGCUGGUCAAAUAGCUGUGGAACCUUUCUGUUUGAGUUCCAUCUCUGCAGCGGUGCUCAUUCUCUCAGUUUACCUCUACACUUUAUAGCGUAUUGUGGUUUUGGCUAGCGCUUUUUACGACCGCGACUGGCAGACAGUUCCGAUGGAGCGAUGGGAGAGUGUGAAGUGGGGAUGGAUCCAUCUGCCGUGCUUUCCACACGCACUCCAGGAGUUGACGAGGAGCUGAAAUUUCAAUCUCACACCAUCAGCCCGAGCGCUCGCUCACUCUCUGCAGCUGCCCCACCGCUCACGCUCUGCCCGUGCUCCAGUCUUACACCCCCCCCCCAC